AUGGCUUACAUCGCCAAGUCGUUCUAUGAUCUCAGUGCCAUCAGCUUGGAUGGGGAGAAGAUAGAUUUUAACACAUUCCGAGGCAGGGCAGUGCUGAUUGAGAAUGUCGCAUCACUCUGAGGAACAACUACCAGAGACUUCAACCAGCUCAAUGAACUGCAAUGUCGCUUUCCCAGGCGCCUGGUGGUUCUCGGCUUCCCUUGCAACCAAUUUGGACAUCAGGAGAACUGUCAGAACGAGGAAAUCCUGAACAGCCUCAAGUAUGUCCGCCCUGGAGGUGGGUACCAACCCACCUUCAGUCUUACGCAAAAGUGUGAGGUCAACGGGCAGAACCAGCAUCCUGUCUUUGCCUACCUGAAAGACAAGCUGCCCUAUCCUUAUGAUGACCCGUUCUCCCUCAUGACCGAUCCCAAGCUCAUCAUCUGGAGUCCCGUGCGCCGCUCAGAUGUGUCCUGGAACUUUGAGAAGUUCCUCAUAGGGCCAGAGGGGGAGCCAUUCCGUCGCUACAGCCGCACCUUCCAAACCAUCAACAUCGAGCCUGACAUCAAACGUCUCCUCAAAGUUGCCAUCUAGAUGUAAGCUGCUUGGCCUAGGAAUCCCCA